UUUUAAAUAAAUUCAUAAACCAAUGGAUUCAAAAUACCAGUCUUUAUUGAGAUUCGAACACAGGACCCAAGGUUCGGAAGCCAAGCACUUAACCACUCAGCCGCCAAGUCCUCUGACAUAGACACGAUGUCCUGCAAGAGAAAAACUCCAUUUGAUAGAAAAGUGUGUAAAAUAUUCAAACCAGAAAAAAACUGUACAUUCAUUUCUUUUGCAAAAGAACUCAUUGAUCAAACUGUUUUUCCAUAUUAUCCCCCUGACCUAGCAGACUUUAUCAGUCUUGGGGAUGAGAAUCAAGAUACAGAUUCUCAUCAUUUCACCAAUGACCAGUCCAAGGUCCAGUCAGAUGAUGUUGAAGAUCCACUAAUUGAUGAUCAUAAAACUCAGGAGUCAGAAGGUGGAAAAGCUGAUCUACACAAAUAUCUUGUGGGCUGUGAGAAGAAUCCAGAUCCUCAUCAUUUCACCAAUGACCAGUCCAAAGUCCAGUCAGAUGAGGUUAAAGGUCAACUAAUUGGUGAUCAUGAAUUUCAAAAGUCAGAAGGUGGAGAAGCUGAUCUACACAAACAUCGACGUGACUGUAAGAAGAAUCCAGGUCACAGCCAGUUUAUACCUGUUGAUACAUUCGCCUUGAAAGAUUUACCUGACGAUCUUCAAGACGAUGAUUUGUAUGAACUCAUCAAAGUUACAGCUGACCUCACUGUUCAAAUUAAUGUUAGAAAGAUAAGUCCACACAGACCUGAGCAUUGGCCUAAGACAUCUCAACCAUAUCCAUAUUUUAAAAUGUCAGAAAAAAAAAAUAAUUUAUAUACAGGAAGUGGAAGAGUGUGGAUUAUAAACAAGUAUCAAGAUGGAGACGUACACUUUGGACGUACUGGCUACCCAAAGUGUUGGUGUAGAAAAUGUGAAAAAUCAAACUCAUCCAGCAAAGUGUGGUGGGAGUUUGGAGUGAACACAGCCACACAUGUGGUUUUUGAUAACAUUGAGGCCGAAUACACAACCUUGAGAUUGUUUUAUGAUAGAGAUGGAAGUCCAGAGGUCAUUGUUGAUAAGCUCUGUGUUACUGAUACCAUAAUUGAGGAUGACAGGUGUGAGUUGAGAUGUGUGACAUGUGAUGAUAAUUUAGGAAAUAAACUGAUGAAAACAUGCAUAGAUUUUGAAAAAAUCAAUAUGAAAGUCUAUCACAAAUACUCUUACUCUAGAUCUAAAAAAAAGUUGACUUUUAUAGUGUCACAUCCUCAUGGAUGUUCUAAACAAAUCAGUGUUGGUCAAUGGAAGGACAAAAUAGAGGUGGAUAUUAAUAAAUCUCAGUUUACUUAUACAACUUGUACAUGUCCAGGAAGUAGUGGAGCACAUGUCUACUGUCUAGGGUAUAACUGGACUUUUACUAAUCUUAUCCACACUGGAUGUUUUUUGAAGUCUGGGUUAAAUUGCAGUGGAGUUAGUCAUGUCUAUUAAGUUGUUUCCAUUGUGAGUUGUCCAGCUCCACCAUGAAGAUGUUUUGAGAACCUUUGACAUUCUAAACAUCAAAAUCAAAUGUCUCUUUAGUCUUGAGAUAAAUACAUUUAUACUUUGUAAUAGAUAUUGAUUUAUUUAUUUACUACAAACAUUUUGUUUUGGACUUAGAAAAAAUACAAAUCUUCCUAUUGCCUUAGAUCAACUUUUUUUCUUGUUAUGUAAAUAAAUUGUGUAUGCUGUCUUUAAACUUACAA